AUGGGACCGUUUAUUCAAGAUAAGAGAUUCGUGAGAAAACACUCUGUUAAAGGCGCAAAGCAGUUUAUGCGUCUCAUCUUAAUGAAGAGUUACAGGAUUUGUCCGAUGAGCGUGAAUCUGGAUGGAGAUCCUCCAUCCGCAGAGGUUAAAGGUGAGCUUAGCCUGCUCGAUCCAUGUUCUAGAAACUCAGCCAUUGAAUUCGAAGUACAUCAAGUGUUUCAUUGCGACGGCUUGUUGCUAUUCCCCUCCGAAGAUUAUGAUAGAAUCGUGGUUUGGAACCCGUUCAGUGGUCAAACAAGGUGGAUCGAAUUGGGUGGCGAGAAAUUCCGCAAUUUUGCUCUCGGAUACCAUGAGCUUUGA